AACAAUAGGGCAUUCAAAUUAAAAUUGCACAAACGAGCAUCCAAAUUCGCCGGAGCUUCCAGCUGUGUAAGUUUGGUCAUUCAAAUUCACCAUUAAGCAGGCAUUUGUGAAAAGUAAGCAAAUGAAUUCGAAAUAGGUUUAUGCCAUUCCGUUGUUUGUUAGAAUUACAUCACUUUGGCCUGGAAACCAGUCUAUACGACAUUUUGCGUGCGUGGCGCCAGUAACCGGUACCGUACGCAAAAUGAAUUACCGACUUGGCACCAAGUCUAGGGACGUCCUGAAUUCACUUUCAGUUACGGAUCGCUUCGUUUUAGACCAACUCGGGCAUAUCCGGGUUCACAACACAAAGUUGUACUACAUGUAUCGUAUACAUGACAGAAUGAAACGCGGACAGCCGAUAAAAAUGUCCAGAAAAGACCGGAAUGUACCGUCCCUUCAUCAGCGUGAACGUGUUGGCGGGCCUCAAGAGUCGCAGGACGGUGGCCCGCAGUCCUGGUUCGCGGUGCUGGCUGCUUGGAUGACGUGGUUUUUCUGGGGCGGACUUCUCAAGGGACUUGGUGUCCUGGUACCCACUUUGCAAGUUCAGUUCGCAACCAGCACGUGGAUUAUUGGUUGGAUCGUGGCCAUGCUGACCGGCUCAGUCGGACUAUCAGGUAUAUUUGCCGGUCCUCUCGGCAAACGUUUCGGUUCCGGCGUGGUGUUCAUCAUCAGUGGUCUAUUGGUCAGCUGGGGUUUCAUGAUGACCGCGUUCACCUUGGAUUCCGUCCAGCUGGCGUUGCUCCAGACACUCAUAGCGGGGCCAGGUCUUGGAUUUGCCAAUGUCCUCAGUCGGGAAGCAGUCGGCCGUUGCUUCAGUGAUAACUACGCUACAGCAAGCGCUAUCUCACAGACUGGCUUGUCAGCGGCUAUGCUGAUCUGCGCACCAGUGACUCAGCUUUUCCUGGACACGUAUGGUUGGCGCGGUACUCUGCUGUUGCUGGGUGGUUCCUCCAUGCACCUCGUCGUCUGUGGUCAACUGCUGCAUAAGAUACUGCCACCUACGAAGCAACGAGGCGCGUAUGAUUUGCUAUCCUCUGACGAGACAUCUGAUCAGAGGGCAGCACAAGGAACCGAGGACCACUGUGGAGGACGGUCUGCACGUGAGCUCGGUAACGAGUGCUGGCAAUUGGCCCGGUCUGCGGUGCAACAUCUAGACUGCCAGUUAUUCUGUGAUGUCCAGUUUUGGCUGAUCUUCAUCUGGACUAUUGGGACGCUCUUCCCCUUCGAAAUGUGGUACAUUUACUUCAUAUCGUUGGCCCAGUCCAAGGGCUUCUCGCCCACGGAUGCGGCAGUAUUUGUCACCUACGCCGGAAUCGGUAAUGUGGUCUUAAAGAUCGUGCACGCACCGGUGGUGGACCGGAGGAUUAUCAAGAUGCGCCCGAUGAUUGUAGGUAGCAUGGUUCUGUCCUUUGCCUCCCUGGUGGUCACUCCGUGGAACAACGCGUACUGGUCUAUGGCACUGAGUGCUUGCGUGUUCAUGGCAUGUACGGCGAUUUUUGCUAACCUGCAUGACGUCUUAAUUAAGGAGGUCCUUGGCAAGGACCGAAUGGCCUGCGCUUUCGGCUGGGUUGGGAUCAUCUUUGGGGCGAUUCGGAUAGCUUUCGGAUUUUUUCCGGGUUGGAUUUAUGACCAGACGGGCAGUUACGAUUUGGCGUUCCUCAUACUGGCCGGCUUGCAACCAUUGGGGCUGAUUGCCUUGUUGUGUCUCAGAUACACGGAGACGGCGCCGAAGUAAUGGAAAGGUUCUUCAGUAUCUAGACUCCAUUUCUCAUGUGACAUACCCAUGGGCGUCGCGAUUGGGUGGAAAGGGGGGCGCUCCCCCCCCCCCGGAAAAG